AUGGCGACGUACAGCGCCGUCGUGGACCGCUAUUACCCGAUUUUGAAGGCACUGCAGGAGCAGGGGAAGAUACGGUUCAUCGGCGCGACGUUCCAGUUGAAGGCCGAGCCGCGGCACGAGACCGCGGUCCUCGCGCUGAGCACCGAUCCGGGCUUAUGGGACACGAUCAUGCUCAAGUACGGCUUCCUGAACCAGUGGGCGGCCAAAGAGAUUGAGUAUCUACCGUUCAAAGAGGUCAAUUGCUACGCCGACGUGCGCGUAAACGCCUACAUCAUAGGCUCCGGACCGCCCACCCUGACCGUCCUGGCGCGAACGUUCCCCUACUGGGUAUCUGAGACGCCGGAGAAUAUUGCUUAUACGCGAAAUACCGCUGAAGCAGCGCUCCUUGAGGGCGGGCAUCACAACGAGGGCGAAGUGCCGGCCGGUGGGAUUGCUGGAAGAGAGCAUGUCCUGUUCCUCGACGUGUCGAGCGACCUCUCAGUCGAGGCAUGGGAGGUGAUCAGCACGUGGGACGUUCAACGGAUUGAGGAUGACACGGUGAUUGCCGUCCAUCCUCAUAGAGACCUGUGGCGGCAAUUCCAUCCCGAUGACUACCUGAUUCACCUCUCGAAGCUCGAGAUGGAGCUUCCCGCCUUCACCCUGGCGGCGACGGCCGCCCACCAGGCCCGCCUCACCGAAUACGGCGGACGCACCGGUUCAGACACCAGGUUACCCAUGCUCGUGACCGACGCCAAUCGGAUACGCCAGUACUACACCGUAAUCGGCGCCUACAACCACCCGGACGGCCCGCCGAUCCAACCCCCACCGCCGUGCGGUCUCACCGUGCCCAACCCGGCAGACAACCCCGGCCUAAUGCUCGACUGUAUGCCUUUGCUGGCAGCGAAAGGCACGCUCGCCGGUACCGCGACGUUGGACUGGAGCGUAGAUACUGCGGUAACAGGCUGGGAAGGCGUCACCGUGGCGGGCAGCCCCAGACGCGUGACCAAGGUUCUGCUAUCGGACGAGAGCCUGAGCGGGACCAUCCCAUUGGAACUUGGGGACCUCUCCGAGCUGACCCACCUUGACCUUAGCUCGAACUCCCUGACCGGGGAGAUACCGAGAGAACUGGGCAGACUUUCGAACCUCCAGGAGAUCAGGCUGUCGGGCAAUUUGCUGACGGGCUGUAUACCGGUGGCGUUGAAGGAUGUGCCUACCAACGACCUGAGCUCCCUCAAUCUUCUCGACUGUCCGCCGGCGCCGGAGGGCCUGACCAGUAGGGACUCCCGGCGAGACCAGCGUGGUCUUGAGUUGGACGGCGGUAUCCAACGCCGACAAGUACCGCGUGGAGCACCGCCUCCGGAGUACGCGCUAUUGGGUAGUGGAUGCCGGUACCCGCGACUGGGUAGUGGCCGAUGA